AUGUGGUCGGAUCCAUCAACAACAAACAUGGCUUAUGGAAACCAAUGGAUGAAUAUGAAUCCCGCUAUGUAUAAAAACAUGACAAAUGAACAAGUGGACUGGGCGAGUUUAGCUCAACAAUGGAUCAAAAUGAAAGAAACUCCACCCUCAAUGCCCCCUGGACAACAAGUUAGGAUCCCGACUUCUGAACAUACUCUGCCCGGUCAGCAUGUAGAACCACAGAAUCCUUCAAAUGUAGCAGCAAUAGCAACAAAUAAAACAUUUAGUGAUCAUAAUAUCGCCAGUCCAGUUACACGAAAUAAUAUUGAAAAACCUAGUGCUUGGAAUACGUGGACUUGGCAGCAACAACAACAAUGGAAUUGGAAUUGGGCAUCUUCUUCAACAGCUCUACCAACUAAAGCACCUAUUAUGGAGUCAGUUAAUCCACUUAGACCCCCUUUCAUAACACCUCUAUUAUCAGAACCACCUCCAUCUUUCCCUAUGAUGACACCAAACAAACCAUUUCUACCCAAUAAUUAUUGGGCUGGGCCCAAUACUAGAGUUCCGCCACCUACUGAACCAGAUCAAUGGAGCAAACUUAAUAUGAUUCCUAAUGUGGAUGAUAGAACUCAAGAUCCAUCAUUUAUGGAUGCGGCAAAGCGAAAGCAAUUACCUGCUUGGAUUCGUGAGGGACUUGAAAAAAUGGAGAGAGAAAAACGAAGAAAAAUGGAGCAAGAACAAUCUUUUAGUGAACCUGAUUAUUCUAGUUUCACAAUUGAAAAUGUCACUCAGGAAUUGCCCAAUUCGCCUAUUAAUUUUGAUCAAGAAACUGAAAUGGUUGAUGAUGAUGAUAUUGAACCAGUGUCUUCUGAUUACAUAAAUGAUACUGAACCCAGAAAAACUGAGUUUGUGAAUAAUGAUCCUUCUCCCCUCAUUCCACAUAAGACUAAAGCUCAAAUCUGGGAAGAUACGAUGUUAAGUCUACGGAAAAUUCUAACAAAAUUGUUAAUGGAUGUUACUAAUGAUAUGAUGUUAAAUAUAGUUAAAGAUGUGCUGAAAUCUACUUUACAAUCAGAUAUUCAAGGGAAUCAAAACCAAACAUCAUUAGCUGGUAAGCUGGGGCUUGGAGUUUAUGGUUCAGAAUCUGGGUCAUCUGAUGAAACUGAUGAAGAACUGAACUUAUCUGGUCCUAAACAAUUGAAACAGGAUUCUGAAGAAGCUAUUCAAGAAAGAAUAUUGAAACGCCAACGUGAGUUCAGUUAUAUUGAAGCAAGGAUACUUAUAGAAUUGGAUCAGCUAGAAGACCGGGAAAAACUUGUCAGAUCUAAAUUCGAUAAUAGUGUCAAACUCAGUGGAGAAACUAAUGAUAAUGGUAGUGAGAUAGUGGAAAACAUUCAGACAAAAGGACGUACUGAGGAUGAAUUAUCUAGCCAAAAAAUUGUCAAGGGACAUGACAAAAUCAAAAAAGAAAUAUCCAGUGACUUGAAUAUUAAAAAUGGACAAAAAAAAAAGAAACCUAAGUCUAAAAGGUCGUCAAGUUCUAAUUCAUCAAGCAGCAGUAGUGUUAGUAAGAAGAGUGAUAAUACCGAUUAUAAAAACAGAAAUAAGAAAACUGAUAAAAUGAAAUACAAAUCUUCAAACAACAAAACUAAAGCAGAAAGUGUAAAAAGAAACCGAAGAUCGCGUUCUAGAAAUAGAAGUAGAUCUCAUUCAAUAUCAAAGAGUAGUAUGUCACGUCCAAGAUAUAGGAGUAGGUCACGUUCAAGGCAUUACGAUAGAAGAUCUCCUCAUAAUUUCAGAUCAAGAAGAAGUCCAUCGCCACUAUCACGUCACUCAUAUUCCAGAAAGUACAAAACCAAACGAAAUAGUUCUACUAGUUCAAAUGAAUCAAGAAGUAAAAAACACCGCUACAGACGAUAA